AGCAAUGCGCCAUCAACGCGUCCAGUGUGUCCAAUCCAAAGAAGAAGAAGACGUUAACCAAUCAAAUCCAACUGGCUGGAUUUGAAAAACGGCGGAGAAAGCCUCUUCUGGUUUGCGUAGCAACAGUUUCAUAGGCAUAUCCGCAUAUCUAGUUUAUUCUAAACUAAUUAAUGAAUGGACAUUUGAAUGCGGCGACUGAACUUGAAAAAUGACCGAAGAGUCCGCUGUUAAAGUUUGUGUUCGCGUCCGUCCGCUUAUUGCGAGGGAAGAAAGUACAGCAUCAGAGAAUGCAGAGCCUGUCCAGCUGUUUUGGAGAACUGAUAAAAAAUCAAUUCAUCAGAUCGAUGAUGGGAAUUCCACCAAGACCUUCAGUUUUGAUCGAGUAUUCACAGCUGAAGAAACAACCAAUCAGCUUUACCAGGACAUUGCAAAGCCCCUGGUUGUCUCCACUGUUGAGGGAUACAAUGGAACCAUAUUUGCUUAUGGGCAGACUUCUUCUGGAAAGACCUUUACCAUGAUGGGGAGUAACCAUAUACCUGGUGUGACACCGCUGGCUGUGGAAGAUGUUUUCCAAACCAUUAAAAAUUGUCCAAAAAAGGAGUUCCUUCUCAGGGUGUCUUACAUGGAAAUCUACAACGAGACUGUGACUGAUCUGCUUGUUGACAGCUGGAAGCGAAAACCACUGGAAGUCAGAGAGACAAUCAAUAAAAACAUCUAUGUGGCUGACCUUACUGAGGAGCUGGUUACAUCCCCUGCACAAGCCCUAGCCUGGCUUCGGAAAGGAGAAAAGAACCGCCACUACGGUAAAACAAAAAUGAACCAGCGGAGCAGUCGUUCACACACUAUUUUCCGAAUGAUCCUUGAAAGCCGAGAAAGGAGUGACCUAGCAUCAGGUGAAAAUGCGGAUGGUGCUAUUAUUGUGUCUCAUUUGAAUUUAGUUGAUCUUGCUGGAUCUGAGAGAGCAAGUCAAACGGGGGCUGAAGGCACACGUUUCAAGGAAGGUUGCAACAUCAAUCGCAGUCUGUUUACCCUUGGCCAAGUGAUUAAGAAAGUGACAGAAGAAAGCCAGAAGGGUUUCACGAACUACAGAGACAGUAAGCUAACCCGCAUCCUGCAGAACUCCUUGGGUGGGAACGCCAAAACGGUCAUCAUCUGUACCAUCACUCCUGUCACUCUAGAUGAGACCCUUAGCACUUUACAGUUUGCCAGCACUGCAAAGAAAAUGAAGAACGAUCCCCAUGUGACAGAGGUGUCUGAUGACGGAGCUCUGCUCAAAAGGUACCGAAAUGAAAUUGUUGACCUGAAGCGACGACUUCACGAGGUAUCUUCAGAGACACAGACUACAGUGACUGAGAAGGAGGUUCUAUCCCAGCUCCUCCAAGAAAAAGAUCAUCUCCAGAGAGAACAAGAGGACAGAAUCAGAAACCUGACCAAACUCCUUGUCACCAGCUCCAACCUGGUUCCUGUUAAAAGGAUGCCUAAGCGCAGAGUUACAUGGGGAGGAAAGAUGCUCAGACUUGCACCUUUAUCUGCCUGUGGUGGUUCAUCUAACCUGAGCUUUGCAGAAGCUUUCACUCUUAAAAGGAAAGCUGAUCGAUCCUGUCUGAUGGAGCUGACUGAAGAUGACGAGGAAUUUGAUGCUCACUGGGAGAUUCCUGAUGAGCCAUCAGAUGACAUGGAAAUGAGUCAUAGCUCAGUGACUGUGCAAAGCUUUGGAGACAGUCCCAAAGACUAUACCUCUCCAGACUGGAUGCGUAACCUUUCAGGGAAAGUGUCCAACCUGGAGCUGCAGCUGGAAAUGGAGAGUCAACAGAAAGAGGAGGCCAUGACGAAAGUAGGAACAUUAGAAGGAAGAGUUGAAGAGAUGGAGCUGCAACUGCAAACAGAGGCCCAGCAGAAACGGGAAGCCUUGGAGAAAGUACAGACAACCGAAAAGAAGGCAGCAGAGCUGGAGCUGCAACUGCAAAAAGAGGCCGUGCAGAAACGGGAAGCCUUGGAGAAAGUCGAGACAACCGAAAAGAGGGCUGCAGAGCUGGAGCAGCAGCAACAAAGCAAAGCGCUGGAGGCCAUGGAGAAGGUGCUGAUGUUGGAAUUGAGAUUGGCAGACCUGGAGAGACAGCUUGAAGAACAGAACCACGGGCAGACUGAAAAUGAACAGGUGGCUGUGUUUGAAAAUACCUGCUCUCUCCCCCAAAUUAGAAAAGAGUUUGCAGAAACCAUCCAGCUGUGUGAAACUCUUGCUUCAGAGAAGAACAAGGUAGAUACACUGUCUGAGGAGAUACAGAAGAAAACUGAAUCAGCAGAGGAACUUCAGAGAAUGAGCGAAGAGGAUCUUGUGCAGGAGUUGGCAAAGCUUCGUCGCUCUCUGAUUGAUGCAGAGGGAGUCAGCAGAGAUACAAAGAAGGAAUGGGCUGUCCUGCGCAGCCAAAACAUUGCUCUGGAGGAGAUAAAGGUGACCAUGGCUUCGAACCUUGAGAAGAUGGAAGCUGAAGUUAACAGCCUGCGUUCUCACCUUGAAAUUGAGAAGUCGCGCUACAGAAAGAUGGAGAGUGAUCUCCAAAAAGAGCUUGCUGUUACAUUUGAUGAGAACAACAAGCUCACUGAUCUGCUUGAUGGCAAAGUCCCAAAAGAUCUGAUAGAACGCAAGGGAUUUGAGCAAAAAGUCGCCACUCUCAGCGAAGAGCUUACAGCAUCUCGUAAAGCAGAGGGAUAUCUCAGAGCUCAGAUGGAAGAGCUUGCUUCAUGUCCUCAAAAGCAGUUGGAGGAAAGUGACCAAAAAAGAGCAUUACUGGUAGAAAGACUGAAUGAGAUGCAGCAGUUGAUAAAGCAUUUGGAGAGGAAGCUUGCUGACAGUGAGGUUUCCAGAACCUCAAUGGAGGAAAUGGGCAAAGAACUUCAAGAACAACAGAAGCAGCAGACUAAAGUGCUUCAAUAUGUGCGAGCUGAGAAAGAAGCUCUCCUGUCUGAGAAGAAAGCUGAAGCUCAGAGCUCUGCAGAAAAGAUGGACCAGCUGCUCUCUACACUUACGUCUGUGACUGCGGAGAGAGACCAGCUCAAGGUGGACCUGCAGGAAAAUGUGGAGAUGAUGAUUGAAAAUCAGGAGGAGCUGAGAACUGCUCUGGAGAAGAACCAAGAAACAACCAAAGAGGAUGGAGCUCUCUCUGAGAUGAGCGCACAGCUGGAAGCGCGACAAAAACUUUUGGAGGAGAGUGACCACCAAAGAGCAUUACUGGUAGAAAAACUGAAUGAGAUAGAGAAGCGGAUGAAGCAUUAUGAGAAGAAGCUUGCUGACAGUGAGGUUUCCAGAACCUCAAAGGAGGAAAUCGGCACAGAACUUCAAGAACAAAAAGCUGAAGCUCAGAGCUCUGCAGAAGAGAUGGACCAGCUGCUCUCUACACUUAAAUCCGUGACUGCAGAGAGAGACCAGCUCAAGGUGGACCUACAGGAAAAUGUGGAGAUGAUGAUUGAAAAUCAGGAGGAGCUGAGAACUGCUCUGGAAAAGAACCGAGAACAGAAGGAGCUGCUAAGUCAUUUAGAGACUUUACGAUCAUCCAAAGAGGAUGGAGCUCUCUCUGAGAUGAGUGCACCGCUGGAGGCACGUCAAAAACAUAUAAAGACUCUUACGGAGCAAGUAGGGAAUGCUGAAAAAGAAAGGAAAGCCAUAUGCAAGGUGAUGUCGGUCUCCGAGGAGAGGGAUCAGCUGCAGGAGACACUGCAGGAGGUGAGACAGGAGAAAUGGAAGCUCAGGGAAGAGCUGGGGGACAAGAUGGAUGCACUUCAAAGUGAGAUGAAGACCUUAACAGAGAAACUGGCAAGCAUUGAAACAGAGAGAGACAGUCUGCUCUGUGAGAAGGAAGCCAGCUUUCAGAGCUCCUUUUCUGAGGAGAAGGAAAGGCUGCUGUGUAAGGGGAUGACUCUCUGUGAGGAGAGGGAUCAGCUUCAGGAAACACUGCAGGAACUGAGACAGGAGAACCAGCAGCUCCAAGCAGAACUGGAGGACAAGAUAGAUACCCUGCAGUGUGAGGUGAAGACCUUAACGGAGAAACUGGAAAGCACUGAAAGAGAGCAAGACAGUCUGCUCUGUGAGAAGGAAGCCAGCUUUCAGAGCUCCUCUGAAGAGGAGAAACUGAUUUGCAGGGUGACAUCUCUCUGUGAGGAGAGAGACCAGAUGCAGGAGACACUGCAGGAGCUGAGGCAGGAGAAGCAGCAGCUCAAAGCAGAGUUGGAGGACAAGAUGGAGACAAUGCAGUGUGAGGUUCAGACUUUAAAAGAAAAAAUGAAAAGCACUGAAAAGGAGAGAGACGGUCUCCUCUGUGAGAAGGGAGCCAGCUUUAAGAUCUCCUCUGAGGAGAAGGAGAAGCUGCUCUGCAGGGUCACGUCUCUCUGUGAGGAGAGGGAUCAGCUACAGGAAACACUGCAGGAACUGAGACAGGAGAACCAGCAGUUCAGACCAGAGCUGGAUGACAAGAUAGAUACCCUGCAGUGUGAGGUGAAGACUUUAACAGAGAAACUGGAAAGCACUGAAAGAGAGCAAGACAGUCUGCUCUGUGAGAAGGAAGCCAGCUUUCAGAGCUCCUCUGAAGAGGAGAAACUGAUUUGCAGGGUGACAUCUCUCUGUGAGGAGAGAGACCAGAUGCAGGAGACACUGCAGGAGCUGAGGCAGGAGAAGCAGCAGCUCAAAGCAGAGUUGGAGGACAAGAUGGAGACACUGCAGUGUGAGGUGCAGACUUUAAAAGAAAAAAUGAAAAGCACUGAAAAGGAGAGAGACGGUCUCCUCUGUGAGAAGGGAGCCAGCUUUAAGAUCUCCUCUGAGGAGAAGGAGAAGCUGCUCUGCAGGGUCACGUCUCUCUGUGAGGAGAGGGAUCAGCUACAGGAAACACUGCAGGAACUGAGACAGGAGAACCAGCAGCUCAGAGCAGAGCUGGAUGACAAGAUGAAGACAUUGCAGUGUGAGUUGCUCAGUGAAGAUCGAGGCUCCACUGGAGUCGAGGUGACGGUGUCAUCAAGGUUGAAGGACUCCACCAGGCAGCUUCAGGAGACCUUCAGAGGAUUCCAGCACUUUAUAGACACGUGUUCCAAAUACAUCCCCACACCCAUGGACAAGGUUUUGAGGGUGCAGAGUGCCUUGAACCAUGAUUAUCUGACCUCUCUUCCAAAAGCCACCAUGAGCGCCUACACGACUAUAUGUCAGCUAGGACUUGAGACUGUUCAGACUCUGAGAAACAUUGUAGUGUGCCUACAGGUGAAGGCCCAGGAUUGUCGGGAUCGGUUUGAGGAGUUGGUGAAGAAAGACUUGUCUGUUUUUGAGGAAAGGCGGCUGCAUGAUGUGCUGAUGUGCAGAGUACAGGCACCCACUCUCUCUGUCAAAGACGUGGACUUCCAUGCUGUGUGGGAACACAGACUGGCUGAUCUACUGGACAAGCGGCAGCGCUACCAGCAGAAAAUGUCCAUCAUUUUGGAGAAGUUCUUGGACAAUGUGGCUUCUCAUCCCAAUGAGUUGUCGGUGGAGAUCACAGCGAGGGAGAGGUUCAAGGAGCAGCUACAGGGCGCAAUAAGCACCCAGCCAAUCAGCUUCAGUGAGCUUGACAGCAUCCUUAGCUGUGAGCUGGACCGCAGAGCUGCCCUGGCCCACAGCAAGAAGAUGAUCCUGCAGGGCAUCACUGCUGAACAGAGUGUUCUGAGUGAAGAGCUGAAGCUGCUGGAGGCUCAGGCUCGUUUUCAGCUCAGAGAGGAGAAAGGCAAAAGUUCCACUCUGUUGCAGGCGAUUGAGGGAGCUCCUCUGAAAUCAGAGCUCUCCUUGCUGAAGGACAACCAGAACCUUCUUACUCAACUCAUGCAAACUGAAGAAAAAGUAAAAGCUUUGCAUGUACAAAAUGAGCAGCUGGAGGAGGCACAUAUAAAGGCCACAAACGGGCUGUCCAGCCAUAAGCAGGCCACUCAGCUUCUGCAGACAGAGCUGCAGGACAGCUGUGCGCAAAACGAUGAGAAAGAGAAGACAAUCCAAAUGCUCAGGGGCAAACAGCAAGAGUCUGAGAAAAUAGCGUCACCCAGUGCUGCUGAACUGGAAAAUCUCCAGACUAAACUGUUCAAAAUGGAGGUGGAGUUGAGGUCUGCAUCUGAUAAACACAAACAAGAGAUCCAGAGAAUGAGUACAGUGCUGAACGUGAAGGAAGAAUCAUUAAGGAAUCUGAAGGAUACGUUGAGGAGGCUACAACAGCAAGGAGAGGAGUCAUUCUUGCAGGGUGAGGACCUUCACACUAAACUGACCAACCCCAGAGGUGUGGUGAUCAAGAGCAGCAUUCUGCUGGACAAGACCAAACUUGAGAAGGAAGUCAAACAGCUUUGCCUUAAAAUAACGGAGCUGGAAUGCUUGGUGUCCACUCAGCAGACAGAGAUUAGCAAGUGGAAGAGCCGAGCCAUCAAUCUGAAGGCAAAGAGCAAAGUUGAAGUGGACAAGCUUUCAUCGCCCUGCAAGACUACCAAGAGGGGCCUACAAGAGACCUCAGACUCCUCCAGCUUCCUCAGCUCACCUAAGAAGUUGCUGGUUACUUCUAGGAAGAUCCUAGACUCUCCUAGGAAGGUGAUGGACUUUCCAAAGGUCUAUCAGCUCGACUCCCCCAAAAGCAGUUUCUUUGAUGUGGGUGGGAGCUCGGACCUGCUGCCCAGAACCUUUCCCAAGCAAUUCUUUGAUAACUCCAGCCUUGGCACCAUUCCAGAUGCAGCUACAGGUCUCGAUGCAGCCACAAAGGACGAGUGGUGGCCUCAGUCUCCAAAACAAGAAGACAUGUGUAAAACACAGUAAAAUCAAAUAUUUUAAAAGCCUAUGUGUUAGUCAUAAUUUCUGUUUUCUGUAUUGCUUUUGUUUACUUUGUCUUUUCUCAAUUUAGAUAAUAAAGGUUAGUAAUACUUAAUAAUGAA